UGUCUGGUGUGUGUAUGUGUUGUAUGUAUGGGAAUCUUUGGAAUAUCCAAGCUUCGGCAGUGAAAGGAAAGAUAAAAGUUGUUGCAGGUGUCGUCAGUCAGAUGCGUUUGUGUACUAUGUUUUGAUUGUGUACAAGACACAAGAGACAUGUCUUUGAAACCAAAGAAUGUUGAUUUCAAUGAAACAUGGAGUGCUUUAAGAGAAACGGUAAAAGGAGUACUAACACUUAGUUCUGUACCUCGGUCUGUUUGGAAUGAUCGCUUCAGUGAUGUGUAUUCACUCUGUGUUGCGCAUCCUGAACCACUUGCUGAUCGUUUGUACCUGGAAACGAAAGCUUUUUUAGAUGCCCAUGUCAGAUCUCUAUUGGAACAAGUGCGAGCAAAUGGUGAAAACAAUCUUCUCAGAGCAUACUAUCAAGCUUGGAGCCAGUAUAGUCUUGGCUGUCUUUAUCUGCAUAAAUUGUAUUUGUACUUGAAUCAGCAACACAUCAGGAAACAAAAACUGUCAGAAGCUGAAAUAAUAUAUGGCAAUCUUAGUGCUGCACUGCAAGAGCAGAUGGAAGUUGGAGAACUAGGUCUUGAAAUUUGGAAAAAGAAUAUGAUACAACCAUUAAAGGAUAGUUUGGUUAGUCUUCUUUUGGAAGGCAUACAUCAAGACCGUCUAGGAGAAGGUAAUCCAAAUUCAACAGAUAUCAUAAGGGGCGUGAUACAGUCUUUUGUCAGUGUUGAAGAAUUCAAGAUGAAAGGAAACCUAUGUUUAUAUGAAGAAAUAUUUGAGACACCUUUCCUUGCUGCUAGUGGGGAGUACUAUAAACUUGAAGCUAGCAGACUACUGCAGACAUGUGAUGUUUCAUUGUACAUGGAGAGAGUCACCCUUCAGUUAAAGGAAGAAACACUUAGAAGCCAAAAAUUCUUGCACUGCAGUUCAUUCCCAAAGGUAAGAGCCAAGUGUGAACAUCAUAUGGUGGAAGAACACCUGCCUUUUCUGCACAGUGAAUGUAAGGCAAUGGUGCAGCAAGAACGUAGAAGGGACUUAAGCCUUAUGUAUCCCCUGUUGCGUUCUGUGCAGGGUGGAGUUGCUGUGCUAAUAAAGGAAGUACUUGAACAUAUUAAGCAACAGGGACUUGAGGCGAUUACUGGAUUGCGUGGAGACAAUAUACACACGCAGUUUGUGGAAAAUAUGUUGGCUGUUCAUAAAAAGUACAAAGAGCUUAUUACUGAUGUUUUUGCUGGAGACCAAAGUUUCAUGGGUGCACUAGAUAAGGCGUGCUCAUAUGUUAUUAAUUAUAAAUCUAAUCCAAAAAUAAUGUGCCGUUCCCCUGAAUUGCUAGCAAAGUACUGUGACUCUCUAUUGAGAAAGUCAGCAAAAGGGAUGUCAGACACAGAAAUAGAUGAUCGGCUAGCACAGUCCAUAACAAUAUUUAAGUACAUUGAUGAUAAAGAUGUCUUCCAGAAAUUUUAUUCAAGGAUGUUAGCCAAAAGAUUAAUACAUCAGCAGAGUCAGUCAAUGGAUGCUGAAGAAGCUAUGAUCAACCGACUGAAACAAGCUUGUGGUUAUGAAUUCACAAACAAACUUCAUCGCAUGUUUACAGAUAUAUCAGUUUCAUCUGAUUUCACUAACAAAUUCAAUGACUUUCUGAAAAGUACAUAUGGAUGUGACUUGGGAUUCAAUUUUUCCAUGUAUGUCCUGCAGGCUGGAGCUUGGCCUCUUACGCAGACGACAAUUACAUCAUUCUCAGUACCUAAGGAACUGGAGAAAGCUGUUCAAAAGUUUGAAACAUUCUAUCAUAAAGGAUUCAGCGGGAGGAAACUGACAUGGCUGCAUCAUCUUAGUCAAGGUGAAUUGAAACUUGGCUAUCUUAAAAAGCCGUACCAAGUUACAAUGCAGACAUUUCAAAUGGCCAUCCUUCUUCAGUUUCAAGAGGUCGAUUCAUUAACUUGUCGAGAAGUGCAAGAAUGUUUACAACUCUUCGAUGAACCUUUUAAUAAGCAUGUUAUGGGUCUAAUUGAGUCAAAACUGUUGAUGACUGAUAAUCAGGCCCUAGGACCUGAUACUGUGUUGCGUCUUAAUAAAGAGUACACAAACAAAAGGACAAAAUUCAGAAUUACUACUAUCGCCCAUAAAGAAUCCCCACAAGAAAUAGAACAAACCAUAUCUGCUGUGGAUGAGGACAGAAAACUUUACUUACAGGCAGCAAUUGUGAGGAUUAUGAAAAGCCGGAAAGUACUUAAGCACAAUUGUCUGAUUCAGGAGGUAUUGAGGCAGUCAAAAGCUUCGUUUGCACCAACAAUAAAUCUUAUCAAAAAAUGUAUAGAAGCCUUAAUUGACAAGCAGUAUAUUGAACGUACUCCACAUUCACCAGAUGAGUACAGCUAUGUGGCGUAAAAAUGUGACUCUCAAGAUGGCUCUUAAGGAUGCAAAAGCAUUUUCCUUGAUUUUGAAUAUACGAAUGAUUACUACCACUACAGUUAUUUACUAAACUUGAGAGAGUGAUUGAAAGUGUAAACAUAAUUUUCGUUGUAAUGGUGUUUCUUUUGCAAUUAUGAUUGUGUUUGCAAUGAACUUGUUGAGCCACUUGUAUUCCAGCAGUGUUUUGAUGUUGCUUACAGUGUGGAUGCAAUCAUGCUUUGUGGCUUUUGAUAACUGUUGUGAAGUAUGUAGUUGCUGUACAGGAUUAAAUUAAGACUGUUGUUUGGGAGUGAUUCCCCCCCCCCCCCCUCUCUCUCUCUCUCUCUCUCUCUC